AUGAGGAGAGAGCCGGCCGGCGAUGUGGGACGUGCCAAAGAGAUGGAUGAAACUCUUGCUGAGUUUUUCAGGAGGACCAUCUUGAAAAUCCCAAUGACUGAAAUGAUGACAGUCCUAAAAACCUGGAAUUUUUUGUCUGAAAAUCAACUGCAGACUGUAAACUUUCGGCAGAGAAAGGAAUCUAUUGUUCAGGACUUGGUUCUGCUUUGUGAGGAGAAUCGUGCGAGUCUCAAUGAUGCAGCCCUUUUAGACAUCAUUUAUACUCAGUUUCAUCGGCACCAGAAAAUUUGGGAUGUUUUUCAGAUGAGUAAAGGACCAGGUGACGACAUUGACCUUUUUGAUAUGGAACAAUUCAAAAGUUCAUUCAAGAAAAUUCUUCAGAGAGCAUUAAAAAAUGUGACAGUCAGCUUCAGAGAUGCCGAGGAGAACUCAGUAUGGAUUCGAAUUGCCUGGGGAACACAGUAUAAAAAGCCAAACCAGUACAAACCUGCUUACGUGGUAUACUAUUCCCAAACUCCAUAUGCCUUCACUUCGUCCUCCCAACUGAAGAGCAAUCUACCCCUUCUGGGUCAGGCACUGACAGUUGCUAGCAAACACCAUCAGAUUGUGAAAAUGGACCUCAGAAGCCGGUAUCUGGACUCUCUUAAGGCUAUUGUUUUUAAACAGUAUAAUCAGAGCUUUGAAACUCACAACUCUACUACAUCUCUACAAGAAAGAAGCCUUGGGCUAGAUAUAAAUAGGGAUUCAAGGAUCAUUCAUGAAAACAAAGUAGAAAAAGAGAGAGUGCAGAAAGUGACUCAAGAAAUUUUUGGAGACUAUCCUCAACCAAGACUAGAAUUUGCACAAUAUAAGCUUGAAACGAAAUUCAAAAGUGACUUAAAUGGGGGCAUCCUGGCUGAGAGAGAAGAGCCCCUCCGGUGCCUGGUAAAGUUCUCUAGCCCUCAUCUUCUGGAAGCACUAAAAUCCCUGGCCCCAGCCGGUAUUGCAGAUGCACCACUUUCUCCACUGCUCACUUGCAUACCCAAUAAGAGAAAGAAUUAUUUUAAAAUUAGAGAUAAAUAA